UAAAAUAUCUUCGAUUAUACGACUCAACAAACUAUAUAAACCGCAUUUCUCUCGAUAAUAUACAAUUUCAUUGUAUUUCAUCGUAAGAUAUAUAAGAAAAAGCUGAAAGAUGAGACAUUUAUUUGUCGUUCAAUGCGUAUUAUUAUUCGCCGUAGCGAUCUACGCUAGUCCACCAUUAGGAAUACCUGAGGAAGAUCUAACGAAACAAUGUCAGACUCCUUUAUGUCCAGUAAAUAGAAACUCUGAAACUGUAAAUCUGCCUUAUCCUUUGGAUUGUCUACUUUACAUUUCUUGCGGAGAAAAAGAAAGUAUUGAAACAUGUCCAGAUAAUUUAGUUUUCAACAAGAACACUGGAGUCUGUGACACGCCUGAGAAUGCCCGAUGUGUACCAUGCUGGCAAGAAACAUCGCCAUAAGAAAUUCAAAAUCAUUAUUAAAGAUCAAUAAUAUGUAAAAUAAUGUUACAAUUUCUAAGCGAAUCAAAUUCAAAGUUAAAUAAAUCAUUAUAAAAUUUGAUUGAAGAAUA